ACAUACGUACGGAGUACGGAGCACCACACCAUCACCACCGCACAACCACCACCAGCAGGAAAUACGCCGGGUGGCUGGCGUGGAGAACGUGCUAAACCCAAUUCUGCCUGUUUUUCUCCUCGGUCCUCUUCGACAGUCAAUCGGCUCCUCUCUAUAGACUCCCAUGCAAAUGCCUGCCUGUGGAUUAUCGCAAGAGAGGUCCCAUGUUGUUGUACCUGGGACCCCGGGCCUCCUUUAUUUUGUGCCGUACGGAAUACCACGGAUACUUCAAUGUGGAUUUGCGAAUAG